AUGGAGAUAAGAUUAGAAGUUUUGACAUCAACAAGUAUCAAGCAGAAAAAACCCUGGCCACGAGUCUCUUGGUUGGGACAGGAAAAUGAAGCUGUUUUUCUGUUGGAUGAUAAAUUAAUAAAUGAAAUUAAUUUACUAUCAGGAAGAACAAAAAAGAAAAUUCCUAUUCUCCAGCCUUUGAUGAAGGAUGUUAUUGUCCUAACAACGUCCAGUAAUGAUGCCUGGCUGGCUGGCGUACUCAUUACAGGAGAACUUUUUCUUUGGAACAAGGAUAAAGAUUGUUUGAAAAUUAUACAAGCAGCUAAAGAGCCUACAGAAAUGAUUCAAGCUGCAGUAGCCAGCUCUUUGAAACUGUAUUUAUAUGUAUCUGGAAAUGGGAAAAGAGUUCUGCUUACAACACCUUCUGGAUGCAUAUUUCUGUGGGAGUAUUUGGAUUCUAAGACUCUCUUAUCUUCUAAAAGUCCUUCACUGGUGGGCCAGUGGUCCCAGAUCAGACCUGAAGAAACAAUUCUUUUGCCUUCCACUGAAGAUAAAGAAGCUGUAGUCCAUACUGUUUUUAUAAAAAAUGAGUUAUUUGGAGACUGCUGCUUGUGUUCAUUUGCUUUUGCUUCUGGGGAAUGCCUUAAGUUAACAUUUCUGGCAAUUCGGUGGCAUGAGAAUAUAUUUACACCUAUAAGAUCAUUACUAUAUCGUGUUCAUUGGGCACAACAAGACUGUUUCUUCCGCAGCUUAACUCCUAAGUGUGAGUCACUAAAGUCAAGAGGAGCUCUAAUUUCUGCCUUCUCAAGAGAUGGCCUUACCCUAGCAGUAACUGUUAAUCAGAAAGACCCAAAGGCAACUCAGGUGUUAUUUAUAAACACACUGAAUUUUGUUACCCUCUCCGGCAGCCUUAAAGGAUGUAGUAACAAGAAUCCUGUAGUGCCAGCUACACUUACCAGAUCCUACUGGGUAGGUGAUAUCAGCUGGACACAUGAUAAUCUUUUUCUGGCUUGCAUGUUAAAACGUGGCUCCCUGGUUCUAUUGACCGGUCAGGGUGAAUUGCUAACGUUAAUCACAGUUGGUUGCUCUAUAGAAUUUGGGCCAGCAGAAUUUAUUCCUCUUCAUCCCCUAAUAACAUAUAGACCACAGCAUUUUACAGUUCAAGAUUCAAAUAAAUCUGUAGAUUCAUCAGCUUCUGAUAGUGACCCUACGAGACAGAGAUUUUCUAUAAAAGCCCACUCCCGGUUACCCUACCUUAUUAUUUCUGACGGCUACAUGAUCACAACCCUUAGAUUGAUUGAUAACCUGUCUCCAUCAGUGCUCAUGAGAUCACUUCUACUUGAUUCAACCCAGAGGCUUGAGAAAACAUACCAAAAUGUGACACUAUCUAAGCCCAAAGGCAAUGGGCUGAACUUGCGAUCCCUGGACUCCCUAAGGUCUAGUCUGUUAAAACAUCAAAAGAAUGAAAUUUCAACUGAUUCAACGGUCCCCAAGUUCUUGCAAGCAGCAGAAACACUAGAGUUAAAUGAAAAACCGGAUUUUCAGGAUUUUGAAGUGGAAGAAAUUAAUGAAGGCAAACACUGUCCAAACAAUACUUUCCCUUUUUGGAACCAAAAAAAUUGUCCAUUAUUUAGUAGUUUUGAGGAGGGAAGAUUGGAAUUUGCAUCUAUGUUUGAUACGAUACAUGCAAAGGAUGAGACCGAGAAGACAGACAGAGCUAUUACAGAACUGCAUUCUAUCCAGAAAAAUCUCCUUGCAGCAUGGAACAUAGGAAUUUCAAAAAAUGUGACAGAAAAGAACUUAAUGUUAAAUUACACUGUAGUUUGUAUCACUCAUUUUUUCUACAUUCUUCAGUUUGUGAAAUGUCCUUUCCCUAAACUUGAUGUUUUUUUAGGUAAGAGCCCGAGAGAAAGUGCUUGGAUACUUUGUAUCUUUCAGCUUUUUCAUCAGUGUUUAUCAAUCCAGUAUUGGGAUAUGAGAUAUAGAACAGAUGUGGGGCAUUUGGUAAAGCUGACCUCACAUACUGUAAGACUUUUGUUGAGUCAGCAACUGCAGAAUCAGUUAUUUUCUGAGAAGCUUGUAGCCUGUUUUUAUUUACUCAGAAUGGUAGCUUCCAGUUUGAAUGGCAUAUAUAAUCUUCAACCUGAAAUUAUUUCUACAUCAGCUGAUGGAAGGGGAAUAGCAGAUCAAGACUCACUGAUGGUACCUAUUUUUCAAAUGUUUCAAAACUAUGGUUCUCAGGAAAAUUGGUCUUGGAGGUCAUCUUUCAAGACAUGUCCUCAAGCAGUAAAUCUUGCUCAACAGCCCAGCCACAGAUUGAUUGUUCUGUGGAGAGUACUGUACCAAAAAACCUUAUGGUAUCAAGCACAGUUAAGUCGAAGAGUUCUUAAAGGUGACAGACAGUUAACUGAAAAGGUGACACAAGAAGCCUCUACUGUCGAGUACCUGCUGUGCCAUAUACAGGCCAACUUACAGGCUGCUGGAGAUCACUUGAACCAAACCUUAGAACUUAAAUGUAUAAAUGGUGAAGAGCAUUUUCUGUUAGGAUCAUAUGAAAAAUCUAUUCAACUGUGGAAGAAAGCUCUACAAGAAACUGUAGAGAAAGGAGGAAGAAGGACGUGUUUUCUUCAGACACGCUAUUAUCUUUCUCUCUUAUACUGCUACCUCUAUAACUAUAAUUUGAAUGACGCUCAAGGAUUAUGUGAUCAGUUAGUAAGAGAAAUACUGAGAGCAUCCCACUUGCCUGUAAAAGAAAAUGAAGACUGUUCAGAUCCCAUUGAAGAGGAAGAUGCAAAUCUUCUGUUUGGUUCAGUGCAAGAAGUCCUGAAAGCUGCAGUUAUGGCCGAUUCAGAUAUUCUGUCCGAGACGUUUCACCUGCUAAUAGACUCUGCCAAGGACUUCAGUAAGAGACUGUGGGGCUUAGUGCCUGCAGGCUUGUAUCUUCCAGCUCCUCCGUUAUAUUGUCCUCAGCCAGCUAUUCUUAGUGAAGAAGAUGGUGAUGAUCUUCUUUUAAAAGCUGAAAAAGAUUACCGCCAAAAGGUGUCUGGAAUCCUUCAACGUAUUCUCUUGCUUUUCCGGGCAGCUCGGUGUUCUUUUCCUUGUGCACAGUGGUACAUUGUGCGAUUGAGGUGGGCAAGAAAAGUCAUGCAGAAGAUUCGGAUAAAAGGGUCCCUUCCUUCCUUGAGUCCUUUUCCUCAGUCAUUACUUAAUUACUGUAAAGGAGGAAUUGCAUUCUUUAGACCUGGAGCAGCUGGAGACCACAAACUUGAUGAAGUUUCCAGUAAAGCAAUAGGUUGCUUCCGAGAACUUUGUGCUUUGUGUUGGAUGCUGCAUAUUCGUGAAAAGUUAUCUUACAGUUGCAGGCAGUAUCAGAAAGCAAGAGAAAAUGUGGGGGAAAAAAAGGACUUUGAAGUGGAGUUUGAUUCUUGUAUGGUUGAGCACUGUCUUAGUGCUGUGGAAUGGGCUUAUAGAAUGCUACCUUUCUCUCGAUUUUUGAAUAUUGAAGAACUUAUUCAGGAUAUAAUUUUGAGCCUUAUUGGAGAGUUGCCACCAAUCAGAAAGGUAGCAGAGAUUUUCGUGAAAGCAUUUCCAAACCCUGAGGAAAUAAGGGUUCCUUUAAGAGAAAAAUAUCACUCUCUUCAACAGAGACUUAGACACAGUGUUGUAAAAGGUCCUCAAAGUGAGGAAAUGAUGUCUGUUCUCAUGCAUUCUAUCCACAAAGUGAGGGUGAAAGCUCUAAAGCGUGUGUGGAGAAAUAUAGGUUCUUUUGAGAUGAAUAUUUGGGAACCAGUUGAAGAAGAAAAACCAGAUGACGCUCCAGCUUUUGACAGGUUUUCCUUGGGGACUAGUAUGAGCAGGAGUACACUCACAGAACUGGGGAAUUCUCUGGUUCACAGUGAUGCUGAUACGGCAGACACUGUUUCUGAAGCUUUGUCAGUGGGAAAAAAAAAGAGAACACAUUUCUGUCCAAGAAAUGCUUCAAACCACGUGGACUUAACAUUGAUUGGUAAGCUCAAUGAUAAAAAGAAAACAUAUAAACAGAAAGAAAAUGCUAAAAGGAAAGAAAAUAAUGAAAAGUUGUCACAAAACACAGUUCCGGUAAUAGGUGUUUGGGAAUUUGAACGUGAUGAUGAUGAAUAUAUUAAAUUCCUUGAUCUCUUCAUGAGUUAUGUUCUUGAAAGAGACCUACUUACUUCCAGUGAUUCUGGUAUUCCAUUUCUAAUCAGUUUUUCUUCACAUCUUAGAGAACAUGAACUUAAUUCUUUAGUUUUUGAUGUGCAUACGACAUUAAAACGACGUCAAGGCAAAACCAAAAGCCAGAAUUUGUUUAGAGCAGGCUCUUGCUUUGUUGUUGCUCCUGAGUCAGAUGAAUCUGAAAAUCCACCCUCUUUAAGCAAUGACUGUGCCUUAAAUUUGGAAAGCCAGGCACUGUCUGCCUCACUCUUAGUUAAUCAAGGAGUCAGACUUUCUGUAGAGAACCCUUUGAAUGAAGUCAAUAAAAAUGAAGCCAAGAGUGGAUUGUUUGGUUUAAAACAAAAGUCAAUUUACAGAAAUCAAAAUGAAAACCGAGAGAAGCCUCUAGUCCACAGAUUGUCAACCCCUGUUUUCUGGACUCCCCGUUCCAUUACAACGAGAAGAUUCAUUUUUAAAGCAGUUGAAAACAGUGAUGUUAAUUAUCAAGAAGCUCUUUCGCUAACACUGAGUAGGAGCUUUGGCAGCAUUGGAAAGCUGCUGGAAUGGAUGAUAAGAUGGUCUGAUAGAAGACUACUCUGCGAUGCCAGUAUCACUGAGUCAUUAUGGGAGUCCAGUCCAGUAAUUCGUGUAAAGACAUCUACAGGUGCCAUUCUUACAUCAUUAUGGCUUCUAAGACAACCCUAUUUUGCUACAUAUAAAGCAAAAAAUGCCAAUCUUAAGGUUCUAGAGAAUCAUUACUUUAAAUAUCAGACUGGUCCCAAUAUUGAUCACGAGAGCAAAGCAGAUGCUGGCUGCUCAGCUGCUCUAUCAACUCAAGGUGGAACUGAGGAAAGACAUGAUGGAAAUGAAACUUGGCAGUAUAUCUCAAAAAUGCCAGCUAAAGCAAAAAAACCUGAAACAAAAGAAAUCAAUAAUGAGAUUACAUCUGUCACUCAUGAUCCUGAAAAAGAACUUAGAAACAUCCUUGAUGAGGAUCUUUUAGAAGAAGUAGAAACAUUCACACAGGAAGAAGUGGAUAUGCAUACAUCAGACUAUGAAGAACACAUCAAAGAACCUGUUGAAAGUCUCAAAAGUCCCAGUAUUGCUUUAUACAUGCAGACAUUACCACAGAGUUCAGAAAUACUUUCUACAGAAGAGGUUCAGUGUUCAAAAGAAAAACCACUGGAGACGUAUAUAGCAAAAAACUUCACUGAGCAGAAAAGUGCACAGGCUUCUGCAUUUAAAGAUAAAUCUUCAUCAGUUCCACCUUUCAUAUCAAGUGAAGAUAGUGUUGCUUUGGAUUCUGCUUCAUCACCUCGCAAGAACCAGAGAAAUGAACCCAGGGCUCAGUUACCAGAUACUUCGGAUUCUGUUAGGCAGCUGCUCCAAGAUGAAAUGUUUAAAUUAGUUCAGCUGCAACAGAUCAACUUCAUGAGCCUAAUGCAGAUUGUGGGAUCAUCUUUUGCUAACCUCCCAAAUAUACAUCAACUUGUACAGCAGUCUCAGUCUGUGCACUUGAUGGGAAGCCAAGUAUCAAACCCCAUUAGGGGGAGUGGUGAUGUUGAAGACACUAGUGGAAAUCUGAAGGACAAAGUUUUCAUUAAACCACAGUCCAUGGGAGAAUGCACCAGAGAGUCUGGCAAGAACAGUGCACAUUGCCAGAAAGGAAUCAACCGAUCUGAUCCAAACAGAAAUGGACAGGUACAGAAUGUUCUACAUGAGAGUAUUCCUUUAUACAAUUUAGAAGACCAACCUCAGAAUAGAAGACUGUCUCCAACAUCUCAGAGUUUACCACCCACUUCAUUAUCUCCAGCUCCUGAUGCAAAUACUCACUUCCACCUUUUGUCCACUUCUGCCAUUCAGAAAACACCUAAACUUAUCCCAACAGCAAAACCUUUCAGUCCUGGUGAUGGUUUUCCCUUGCUUCAGUUUCAACCGAAGUAUGAAUUUAAGCCACUGUUCUUACCUACUGGAAGAGUUCCACAAGUUCCCUCUAGACCUCUGUCACAACCAAGAGAGGCUUGGGGAAUAUCUGAUUCCUGCCAGCCACCUUUGCCACAGAGAGGAGUACAUACUACUUCAAUUUCCCAUUUGAAUUUGAGCCAGUAUGAUACUGAAACUUCAAAAAAAGCAGUUGAACAGAAGAAAUGGGCAGAAACUGUAAUUACGCAUCUGAACUUGAAUCAGUAUGUUGGACAGGAAAACUAUACACCUCAACAGGACUCUUCACUAUUUAUAAAACCAGGAGAACUAUUUGAAGUUAAGCCAGGGCCCCAUGAGAUAUCUCCUCAGAAUUCCUUUGGGAUUCCAUUACUGCACCUGCAGUUUAAACCUUAUAUGUUUCCACCUGCCUCAAGAGCAUCAGUUACGGUUUCACCAAUGCCUGUCAGAACAGUAGCAGAAGAAAGAAAAUACUCAAGACUAUCACUACUUCAUUCCUGCUUAUCCCCAGAAAUUAUGUAUAAAAAACCACAGCUUAUCCCGCUUGAAAACCUCGCUGCUUUUAAAAAAAGCCAACAGACAUUAACACGUAACUUAUUUGAACAAGGCGAUCCUGGACAAAUUCAGCUUCUAAAUCUCAAAAUAGAAUCAUCUGAAAUAAGACAAGAAAAGGACAGUAAAAAAAGGCAAAGAAGGCGAGCUGAGAAAGAGCUACAAGAAAACAGUUCAGAGAAGCUGAGGAAAAAGUCAAGUGUGACUUUCCAACCUAAGGAUUCUACCAUUAAUGAUAAAGAUUCAGAGAUGGUUAUGAAGCUCAAGUGCCCUUCACUAGUGUGUUGGCUUCUCCAUAAUCUCCCAUUGUUUUGUUGUAUUUAAGAAAUGCUCCAAGGUGACAUUACUACUUCAGCUGGAUUGCAUUUCAUGGCUGCUGUAAGGAAGAAAGCAACAGAAAGUCAGGAUGCAAGUACAAAUACGGACCCAGAACAUGAAUUGAUGAGUGUUCCUCAGCUGAUGACUCCAGAUGUAUACCUAAACAUCAAGUUUCCCACUGAAAUAUCAGAGAAACCUUCAUCACCUUCCACUGAAGCCAAUUUGGAAUUACCUGUGAGAGAAGAGCCUCGGGAUGAUGUUCCCAAACAGCAAAGUGAUCACCUAGCAGUCCCGUCUUCUGCCGAGUUACACAACACGGCAGCUUUGGUGGUUGAUGCUGCUCCCCCACACAGCAGUAGGAGUCCAGAUCUCCCAAAGCCCAAGUUCCAGUUCAAAGAACAGAGCACGAAGUCAGGAGCUGCAGAGGACUGCCUGCUGUGGAGGCUGCUGCAGGAUGAGCCUGACGCUCCUGCCCCAAGUCCGACCACACGCAAACUAGAGCAUCUCACGUCUAAGCUCCGGGAAAUUGAUGAACAGCUGUUGGCAAUACAGAACAUUGCUGACAACAUAGAGCAGGAUUUCUCUAAGCACAAAAUGGUAGGCUUUCAUUCUGCUAAGAUAGGCCCGGUUGAACCAAUUGAAUUAUCUUCUGUCCGUGAAUUUGAUACAGUACUGGCUUCAAAAACCAUAAGCAUUUCUGAAGAAGUGAACUUCCUGACUCAUAUGAAUGAGGAAGAUGAAAGUGGCAAAGAGGAGAUUUCAGAAGCUGAAUUUUCUGCAACAGAAAAUUACUUUAGUCAGAAAGCCAGCGUGUUUCCAUCUGCCUCAGCUGUCAACCUGUCCACUGACCGGAAUCCUACUUCCACUGGUAUGAAUAACAGUGAUGAGUAUUUUGAGAGUGUUUCAGUAGAUCCAUUCCAAAUGACUGGACUGACUGAUGUUGCAGACAUUAUUGAUGACCUCAUAACAAAAGAUGGAAUCUCCAGUGAAGAGCUUGGUUUAACAGAACCACAAGCUAAGGCUGUCUCCAGGAUUCAGCAUACUUCUGGCAGACGCUCACAAAGAACUGAGAGGGAGAGAAGAGAGGUUCGUGUCUGGAUGAAAAGAAAGCAAAAGGAAAGACUGGCAGAAUACUUAAAUCAGCUGGCAGAGAAGAGAGGACAAGAGCAUGACCCUUUCUGUCCCCGAAACAAUCCAUUUUACAUGACUUCACGGGAAAUCAGGCUAAGACAGAAGAUGAAGCAUGAAAAAGACAGGUUGCUACUCUCUGACCACUAUAAUCGUCGAAUCUCACAAGCAUACAGUCUGAUGAAUGAACUGUUAUCUGAGUCAGUGCAUCUACCAACAACUGCACAGAAAUCAUUGCCUAAGAAACCUAGAACUGCUCAGAUUUCCAGAAAGCAAUGUUCCUCUUUUCCAAACAGAGAAAAUCAACGUGGUCAAAAGUUUAGACCUGGAAAAGUCAGCUGUGUAUCCAAAUCAAGUUAUUGCCCAAAGGAGAAAACUUUUGUGCAGCCUCAAGAUUCACCUUGGCCAGGUGGAACUGCCACUUUUACCAUCCACGAGAAAACUGGAGGAACCAAAGCAGCAAGACGGAGUGCUGUGCAGUCUCCAGUUGGCCUCCAAAGAGGUCGGGUAUCCGAAGUCCAACCUAGAGAAAUGCCCUGGAAGCUGCAGAGAAGGAAGCGCGGGUCUGCUGUUCCAUGUCAUGGACCACAUGUACCUCAGACCCAGCAGGUGUGCAUCGAAUAUGAGAGAGAGGAGACUGUGGUGAGUCCCUGGAUAUUACCUUCAGAAAUCCAGAAGAUUCUUCAUGCAAGUCAUGAUUCCCUUCUGCAAGACUUGUUAGUGUCUGAAGAGGAGGCGGCAGAGCUUUCUGCAGCGGGGAGUGGUGCAGGCAGCAUGUCCGAGAGCACCGGCAGCAUCCUCAGCAGGCUGGACUGGAGUGCUGUUGAAGACAUGGUGGCUGGAGUGGAGGACACUGGGCCCUGA